ACAGGAACUCAUUAUACAAUGACAAAUGGAGGAAGUAUCAACAGUUCAACACAUUUACUGGAUCUCUUGGACGAGCCAAUUCCUGGAGUAGGAACAUACGAUGACUUCCAUACCAUUGACUGGGUUCGAGAGAAGUGCAAGGACAGAGAAAGGCAUAGACGGAUUAACAGUAAGAAGAAAGAAUCAGCAUGGGAGAUGACAAAAAGUUUGUAUGAUGCAUGGUCAGGAUGGCUGGUGGUCACACUAACUGGUUUGGCAUCAGGAGCGUUGGCGGGACUGAUUGACAUUGCUGCUGACUGGAUGACUGACUUAAAGGAAGGCAUUUGUCUUAGUGCUUUGUGGUUUAACCAUGAGCAGUGUUGCUGGGGUUCAAAUGAAACCACAUUUGAAGAGAGAGAUAAGUGUCCGCAGUGGAAAACAUGGGCUGAGCUAAUAAUUGGGCAAGCAGAAGGUCCAGGUUCAUACAUAAUGAACUACAUAAUGUACAUUUUCUGGGCUUUGAGCUUUGCCUUCUUAGCAGUUUCUCUGGUGAAGGUGUUUGCUCCCUAUGCCUGUGGCUCGGGGAUACCUGAGAUAAAAACUAUUUUGAGUGGCUUCAUCAUCAGAGGUUACUUGGGGAAGUGGACUUUGAUGAUAAAAACCAUUACUUUAGUCUUGGCUGUCGCAUCAGGUUUGAGUUUAGGAAAAGAGGGUCCCUUGGUACAUGUUGCCUGCUGCUGUGGGAAUAUUUUUUCCUAUCUCUUUCCAAAGUACAGCACAAAUGAAGCUAAAAAAAGAGAGGUGUUGUCAGCUGCCUCAGCAGCAGGAGUAUCUGUAGCCUUUGGUGCCCCAAUUGGUGGAGUCCUUUUCAGUCUGGAGGAGGUCAGUUACUAUUUCCCACUGAAAACUUUAUGGAGAUCAUUUUUUGCUGCUUUAGUAGCUGCAUUUGUUUUAAGGUCCAUCAAUCCUUUUGGUAACAGCCGCCUAGUUCUUUUUUAUGUGGAAUAUCACACUCCUUGGUACCUUUUUGAACUGCUUCCUUUUAUUCUUCUGGGAGUAUUUGGUGGACUCUGGGGAGCAUUUUUCAUCCGAGCAAACAUCGCAUGGUGUCGUCGACGCAAAUCGACUAAAUUUGGGAAGUAUCCUGUCCUGGAAGUUAUUAUUGUUGCAGCAAUAACAGCUGUCAUAGCAUUUCCUAAUCCAUAUACCAGGCUAAACACCAGUGAGCUUAUUAAAGAGCUCUUCACAGACUGUGGGCCGUUAGAAUCCUCCUCCCUGUGUGACUACAGAAAUGAUAUGAAUGCAAGCAAAAUAGUGGAUGAUAUCCCUGACCGCCCAGCAGGCACUGGCGUCUAUUCAGCUAUAUGGCAGUUGUGUUUAGCACUCAUAUUUAAAAUAAUCAUGACAGUCUUCACCUUUGGUAUCAAGGUUCCAUCCGGGUUGUUCAUACCUAGUAUGGCGAUUGGAGCGAUAGCAGGAAGGAUUGUGGGCAUUGCAGUGGAGCAGCUGGCUUACUACCAUCACGACUGGUUCAUUUUCAAGGAGUGGUGUGAAGUUGGAGCAGACUGUAUUACACCCGGCCUUUAUGCCAUGGUUGGUGCUGCUGCGUGCUUAGGUGGUGUGACAAGGAUGACUGUGUCCCUGGUAGUUAUUGUCUUUGAGCUAACAGGAGGCCUGGAAUAUAUUGUGCCCCUAAUGGCCGCAGUCAUGACCAGUAAGUGGGUAGGAGAUGCCUUUGGUAGGGAAGGCAUCUAUGAGGCACACAUCCGACUGAAUGGAUAUCCUUUCUUGGAUGCAAAGGAAGAAUUUACUCACACAACACUGGCUGCUGAUGUUAUGAGACCCCGAAGAAGUGAUCCACCUCUAGCAGUUCUGACACAGGAUAACAUGACAGUCGAAGACAUAGAAAACUUGAUCAACGAAACCAGCUAUAAUGGUUUUCCUGUUAUUAUGUCAAAAGAAUCACAGAGACUGGUGGGCUUUGCUCUAAGAAGAGAUUUAACUAUUGCAAUAGAAAGUGCUAGAAAGAAGCAGGAAGGGAUUGUUGGCAGUUCCAGGGUCUGUUUUGCCCAGCAUACCCCAUCGCUUCCAGCAGAAAGCCCUCGACCUCUGAAGCUUAGAAGUAUACUUGAUAUGAGCCCUUUCACCGUGACAGACCACACACCCAUGGAAAUAGUGGUGGAUAUUUUCCGGAAGCUGGGUCUGAGGCAGUGCCUUGUAACACACAACGGGAUUGUCUUGGGGAUCAUCACAAAGAAGAACAUAUUAGAGCAUCUCGAGCAACUAAAGCAGCACGUCGAACCCUUGGCGCCUCCUUGGCAUUAUAACAAAAAAAGAUAUCCUCCGUCAUAUGGCCCAGACGGCAAACCAAGACCCCGCCUCCAUCAUGUUCAACUGAAACCCAUAGCUGAGGAGAGAGAGGAGACGGAAGAGGAGGUUCAUUUGUUGAAUAGCACAACACUUUAGUCUGGGGGAUGCUUCUAAAAUCAGAGAUGAGAGCCAGGUUUUUGCGUAACGGUGCUGCUGGAAAUGAGGAGUUGGUCUGGGGAAAAAAUCUGUCGAGGACGAAGGCUGACGGGAGCACGGGAAGGGAGAGCUGCUGUCCUGCACUGGAUGCACCCCGAGGCGUCAGGUCUGUCAUGAUAGUGCAGUGGAUGAGCUGUGCGAGGGGGCGGAUCCUCCAGCCCCAGCCUGGUGCUUCGUCACUGAAGAGAUGCAUUAUAGUCCCUGCUUCUGGAGGGAUCUUCCUGAAUUGAGCCAUCCUACGGAGACUGAAAGGUCUUGCCCUUUUUACCAUUGAACACUGUUGUGUUAACUCAUGAAACCUAUUAAUUGGUACACGUCACCUUUCUACAUUCCCAAAGAGCUUUUUCUCUCUCUCCUGAGCUGCAACAAAGCCUCUUUAAAAUUGGUGUGCCCUUUUUGAAGCAGUUGUUUCUCAUAUUGAGAUGUACUGUGAGUUACUGAGGUUCAAUCCCAAGAAUGGAGGUUUUUCUCGUGCCAUGAAACCCCUAAGUUGGUCCAUGGAGAAGUGCUAGGGGCAGCACAGAUCUGCUGCAGCAAAACCAGGCCGA